AUGAUGAUAUCAAUUCUAUGUCCAUUAUAAAAAAAAUAUAUUGAAAAACCCCUUUUACUCGAUUCUAGAAAAUUUAAUAUAAGAUGCUAUGCUUUAAAUGCUAAAGUAAACCCUUACACUGUACUCUUUCAUCAUGGUUAUGCUAGAUUAAGUAUUUUUGAGUACACUCUAGAUGAUGUUGAAAAUGAAUAAAAUAAAAUUAUUCAUCAUACUAAUAAUGCCAUUUAAAAAACUCAUCCAAAACAUAAAGAAAAAAAAGAAUCUUUAAUAGGGAAUAUGGAUCAUUUAGAAUAAUAUUUGAAUGAUUUUUAUCAUUAUUAACCAGAUUAAAUUGAAUCAAUUAGACAAUAAAUUAAAUAAAUUUCUCGAAGGUUAUUCAAAAGCUGGAUAAAAAAAGAUCCAAGCCAGAGGACAAUAAAGAGAAUUAGAACUUUUUGGACUUGA